AGCAGUUCUGCACCCCAAACUCAAGAAAAGAAAAGAAAACGGAAAUUAAGCUGAAAAUGGCAUCAGUUGUUGAAGCUUCUGAUUCGUUUACACCGUUUGAAUUCGACACCACCUUAAAAGUUGCAGCAGAUUCUUCUUCUGUGAAAUCGGUCCCUUCAAAAUUCAACUUCAGCAAUGAUCGCUCUGCUCUCACUUGUGUCUCACUCCCCACCGUCGAUUUCGCAGCCCUCGUCGGCGGCGAUCCUCAUCAACGCUCCAAAGCUGUCCACGGCCUCGCCACAGCAUGUCGAGAAUGGGGUUUCUUCAUCCUUGUGAAUCACGGGGUAGCUGAGAGCUUGAUGGAAGCAAUGUUUAGAGCAGUGAAAGAAUUCUUCAUUUUGCCUGAGUCGGAGAAGAAGCAAUACGAAGCGAAGAGUGCUUCAGAUCCCAUCAAAUGUGGCAAUUUCAACGUCGUCGACACUUCAAACCGGAGCUUCACUCUAUGGAGGGAUUACCUUAAGCUCUACGUGCAUCCCAACUUCCAUUGCCCUCACCAACCCCAACUCUUAAGGGAUGUGGUUUUGGAAUACACCCAAAUCAUCAGAAAACUAGCUAGGAAGCUAAUCGAGGCUGUAUGCGAAGCUUUAGAAUUGAAUCAACGUUACGUGGAUGAAACAUUGAAUAUGGAUUCGAGUUUUCAAUUCAUUGCAACAAAUUACUAUCCACGCUGCCCUCAGCCCGAUGAAGCCAUCGGCAUUCCGCCGCAUACGGAUGUUGGUUUGUUCACGCUUCUCAUACACAAUGGCGUCGCCGGUCUGCAAAUCGAGCACGAUGGCAAGUGGUUCAACGUCGAUUCUCCUCAAAAUUCUAUUUUGGUUAAUGUAGCGGACCAACUUGAGAUUUUCACAAACGGAAGUUGUAAGAGUGUGAAGCAUAGAGCGGUGGUGAAUGAAGAGAGAGAGAGGAUCUCAAUCGUGGUGGCGAAUGGUCCGUCGGGGGAGGCUGUGGUGGGGCCGGCGGCAACGCUGGUGGAGAAGGAUGGCGGCGCGAAGUAUAAUGCAAUGAAGUAUAAAGAGUACAUGGAGUCGCAUCUCACCAGAACUCGUGUUGACGGAAAAUCCUUCUUGGAACAACAAAUGAUAUUCGACGCCAAAGUAAUUAAGUGAAUUUAAGAAAUUAAAUAAUUAAAGUUUAGUAUUUUUAUGGCAUUUUAUUGUAUUGGGUCGAUUUGCAAAAAUAAAUCAGUUUUUGUUUGAACUUAAAGAAAUAUGCCAAAUAUUUUAAAUUUGGGCGUUCAUGGUCACAUUUGGGUCCAAUCGAAUUAUUUUGUACUUAAGAUGACUCAAAUGUGGCCUACUGACCGAAUAGGCCCAAAAGUUAUCACGAACGCCGAAAUUUAAAAUGAUUGGCCCAAUUCUAAAAGUUCAAUAAAAAUUAAUCCGUUUUUAAAAAUCGGCCCAAGAUAGUAAGUAUGUAGCCUCCAUAUUUAGUAGGCAGACUACUAUGUAUUAUGUAAGCAUAGUUUCAGUUUUAUGUCGAUUUAUUAUUCACUAUUUCUUUUUC